AUGGAUCUUCCAGGACGUGCAAAUUUGCCCCUCCUCAGUGAGGUUCCUAUCAAAGGAAAAGACCCUGUGUGGUUUACUCAGGACAAAGGACUACUGACCCGUGUCAUCGCCGAGAUAUUUCGCCGGAAGUUCGAUGGCCCUUACUUCAGUUGGACUGUGACGCCUAUAGACAAACAAAAAAGAUAUUUCAGAACUUUUGCGGGGAUGUACAAUUGGGAUAAAGGGAUCACUCCCCUUGAGGAGGAAUUAGGACGUUUUAUCUCUUUUGAUGAAGUGUUUAGGAAGACUCAUACAAAGGCUAAUGGGAGUUUUGUUGAUGAAAAAGCUAAGCAAGUCGCUGAGACUUAUGAUAGGACCCUGCAAGAGGUUUUGGAUCAGCCUGAAGGUGGACCAGAGGCUUCAGACGCCUCUGAGCAUUCUACACAGCGGACUCUCAGCAUCGAUGAGAAGAAUGAAAUCUUCCUUAAGUGUACUGAAAUCGAUUCCAAGGGGAAUCCUUAUGGAAUGGGCCAACUCUCACAGGUUCACAAAGGAAAGAGGAAGAGAAGCUAUGGUGAAUCUUCUACGUCAUCGCUGUUAGAGAUCCAGCACGAGCUUAAAGCAGCUCGUCAAAAGAUUGCUGAAUACGAUGAAGAAAAUCAGCGCAGUGAUGAGGAGAAUCGACGUCGUGACGCGGAAAAUCAGCGACGUGAUGAGGAGCUAAGACAAAGUCAGGUUCGGAUUGAUGAAUUGGAGAAGCUCUUUGUGUUUAUGAAGAACAACAAUUCCAACUUCGCUGCUUACGUGUCUGACUCCUCUGUACCAGCCACAACCACACCUCAAGUUGAAGAUAACCCUUGA